AUUUAAUCAUGAUUUUCAGAAUGUUUAACUUUAUGAAUUCGCGGAUAGAUGAAUUCAUUGAGGAGAGAAAAGAUAUCAAAUUAAUAUUGGAUGAGUCUUCGCUAUUGUAAGAUCUCUUGAUGCCCUAAUAACAAUACAAAUUGCUUAAUUAGUAAUGAUGGACAUGAUUCAUAGCGUCAAGGACCAUCCCGAGCAUUUGGAGACUCUCAUCGAGUACAUCACAGAAGUGGGAGAUGAGACUAACUGCCAGAGAGUAUUAUAUAAGUAUGAGUCUAUUCAAGAACAAACUAGAUAUCCCUUUUUAGCGAGCGAGAUCUUGAGCAAGGAGAAUGAUUUCUUUUAAGAUUUCCUUUUUGAGGAGCAAAAUCUCCAUUUUUUGAACAGACUGUUUUCCCUUCUGAAUGAGGAUAUCCUCAACAUUACAUAAGCAGGUUACUUCUCUAAAGUUAUCCUCACUUUGUUGAGGAAGAAACAUUUCAAGGUAUUAGCAUUCAUAAUAACUUAAGGUGUUGCAAUACUUAAGUGACAAGGACAUCUCUAAUCUUCUUAAACAUAUUGACAUUCCACAUAUUGCUGAGAUACUUGAAAAGGUCAUCAUUCCAGAUCCCAAUGAUGAGAAUUAAUUACUUGAAAAACAGAAAUCCAUUUUGCAGAGAGUAAUGAAGAUCUCAUUGCAUCGCUACUAUGAAACUGAAGUAUAUACUUAGAUAUAGAGAUUUAGGUUUUUGACAAUUGCUUGCUCAUCAUCAAUAAUCUAAUAAAGAGUCAGAUCAAUCCGGAUUAGGAAGAGUUGAUAAAAAUCUUAUUGAACCCGUAUUACUUUCUCACCAUUUGUGUAAAUAUUAUUUGCUCAUUUCUUUAGUACUAAAGUCAGAGAACUGCAGCCUAUGAAUUAGUAUCCAAUCUACUGUAAUAUAUUAAUAAUUCAGGCAAGACUGAUUACUUUCUCUACUUUAUGAAUGUGGCUAAGCAUCUCCCCAAUGCAUUCACCACUUCUAAUUUAUAUGCCAUACCUCAUCAGACUAGUUAUGGGUAGAUCAUCACUCCUUUGUCCUCCAACAAACUCACAUUACUCCAAAUAUUUUACUUACUAUUACUCAGUGAGAAAGAAGAACUCUUGUCUGAAUUGAUCAACAAUCAAUCCUUCGAAGUUGUUACCAAUGUCAUAUUGACACAUGAAUUCAACAAUCAAGCUCUCAUUUGGUUCGAUAAGAUAGUCAUCUUUAUAUUCCAGAAAUUGCCUCAGAUGCACAAAUCCAUCUCAGAGUUCUUGGCCUCAAUCAUUAUUCAAUACAAUAGAAAUGAGAAAAAACAAGUUGGAUGUCUUCAAAACACCAUCAAACCAGGAUAUCAAGGCAUCCUAACCAAAAUAUCCAAUCUAUUAGUGGAGAAUCAUUUCACCAGUGAAGUUUGGGAUCAAUAUGUGAAUGACACUCUCAGCAAAAUUAAUUCCGUAGAGAAAAGAUUGUUGUGUGGCGUUGAUCCAAAACCCAGACAAAUGCCUUAUUGCAUACAGGAAUCAGUCACAAUUGAACAGCCAAUAGAGAAUGAUGACAAAGAAGAAGAUGAAGAAGUAGAGGAAGAAGACAUCCCUGAGGAUGAUAAUAAUAAGGAAAAUGAAAAUGAUGAUUACGAAAAAGAAUAAGAUCAGGAACAAGAAUAACAAUAAGGUUAAGAACAAGAACAAGAAGAGAAAUUCUAUGAUUGCAACGAAGAAGGACGAUUACAAUAAUUGCAAGAAUUACAGCAAAUCCAAUAAGAAGAAUCUAUAGUAGCAUCCAAGUAUACACUUCUAUUACAUUAUUAGACAUAAAUCAAGUUCUGAGGAGUAAGAAUUAAUAGAUGAAUAAAUUGAAGAAAUGAUUUCUGAUCCCCAAACCAAACCAGAAUAAGGUAUUAUUGUUGAUUCUAUGGAUUAGUUGCUUAAAUUAUUUAAAAUGAAGAAGUUCUUAUUGAUGACAUUGGACCUUUAGAACUAGAAAACAAACUAGAUCAUCAAGUCAAUGAAUAUUACAAAAAGCAUGAUGAUCCUAAAAAUGAAGAAUGAUAUAGAUAUAUAUUUAAGCUUUUUAGCUUAAAAUAAAUAUUAUAAAAAAUAACAAAG